AUGACUUGCCACCGAUGCCGGCAGCUGGAUUCAUUUUUUCGGUUUCUUUUCUCGCCUGUACGCCAUACAGGGUCAGCUGCAGAGAGAGCAAAAUGGAUUCAUUUUUUCGGUUUCUUUUCUCGCCUGUACGCCAUACAGGGUCAGCUGCAGAGAGAGCAAAACCAGCAGCAGAAACCUCAGCAGCUGUUGCAGCAGCAGCAGCAGCAGCAGCUGCAGCAGCUGCUGCAGCAGCAGCUGCAGCAGCAGCUGCAGCAGGAAAAAUACACACACGCACCCUUUAAAGAGCUGCUCACGGAAUACGGGACGCCUGCCGGCGAACUGGCCCGAUCUCACCUCAAGCUUGCUGCUGCAUUGAGGACAGCGAGACUUGCUGCUGCUGCUGCAGAAGCAACAGCAGCCGCCGCCACUGCUGCGAGUGGCUUUCUGCCGCCUCAGCAGCAGCGCCGCCGCAGCAACGUCGAGGGGACAUACGCUGCAGCAGCAGCUGCAGCAGCAAGAGCAGCAACCAGUGAUGAGGAGAGCGAGAGGAAGCAGCAGCUGCUACAGCAGCUGGAACAAAAGAGAAAGGAGCUGCAGCAGCACAUGCUCUUGCUGCAGCAGCUACACCGACAACAGAAGCAGCAGCGGGUGCUGCGCCGCCGACAGCCUCGAAAAGCGGCGCCUCCACAUGCACGGGGCUCGGCAGCAGCAGCAGCAGCAAAGGAUGAUGAGGGGGAAGCAUCUGCUGCCGAAGCAGAAGCAGAAGCAGCAGCAGAAGCAGCAGUUGCUGCUGCUGCUGAUGCCAUCGAGGCUGCAGCAGACUCGACAAGCUCCGAGGCCGCAGCCGCCGCUAGAGACACAACAACACCAGCAGCAACAGCAGCAGCAGCAACAGCAGGCAGCUACUGGGACACAGAGACAUCGGGGGGUGGGAGCGGCAGCGAUUAUUGCGUUCUUUACUUCCAUGGGAACGCAUGCGACGCAAAUAUGUUGGGCUUGCCUAUAUUGGUGUUUGAGUAUCCUGGCUACGGCCUUCUUUCUGGGCUUUCUUCGUCUUCUGCCGGCGUCGACCGCUGCGCCAAAGUGGCGUUGGAGUUCCUCGUCGAGCAGCUUCAGUUCCCCCCGGAGAAGAUCAUACUAUGCGGGAGGUCAAUAGGUACUGGACCUGCUGCUUAUUUGGCGUCGCGUUUGGCUAAGUGCAAUUUGCAGUUGGGGGGCCUCGUCCUCAUCUCCCCCUUCGCCUCUCUGGCGGCUUUAGCUGCGGAUAUGGCGGAGUUGCCGGAGCCGCUGGCACGGCUGGUGGUUACUCAUCACUGGGACACGGAAGCGGCGCUGCAGCAGUGUCAGGGGCUGCCGCUCUGCAUCAUUCAUGGACAGCAAGACGAGAUAAUUCCUGUCUCCCAUUCUCGGCGUUUGCUGUCGAGCGCCCCGAAUUCUGCCGCGCUGCGCGUAUCGCAUCUCCCGCCCCAUGCCAACCACUCUGUUGGCCUCGAUCCUGCAGCAAUGAAGGAAGAGAUACUGCAGCCGCUGUUGUUGUUUCUUCGAAAGGUGCGGUGUGCGGCUCGCCUGAAGCGGCAACAGCAGCUGCACCACAAGAAACACCUAGAGGCCCAAGCGAGGAGAGCAGCAGCAGCAAAUGCAGCAGCAACUGCUGUUGCUGCUGCUGCUGCAGACUCACUUGUGGGGCACCUACAGCCCCAGGUGUCUCGGCUGCUUCGUGAGAGGACCAGCUGCGUUGGCAGGUGGCAGUCGCAACAGCAGCAGCAGCAGCAACUGCAACAGCAACUGCAGCAGCAAAGAAGGCUGCAGCAAUUUGAAAAGGCAGCAGGAACAGCAGCAGCAGCUGGAGCGGCAGCAUCUGACGCCUUUGAAGCUGCGGGAGCCCCAACGUCUGCAGCAGAAGCCAACGUGAAGGAGGUGCGGCUCCCCCAGGCCUUCUUUGGCGACUCAGAUGGGGAGGGUUCUCCUGCUGCUUCUGCUGCAGCAGCAGCAGCAGCAGCGAGUGCUGACUUCCUAGGGGGCGACACCUCAGACACAGGACGAGCCAUAGCUGUAUCUACGGCGGCAUCGGAGGAAGCAGCAGAAGCAGCAGCAGCAGCAGAACGCACAAAUGCAGCACGUGCUUUCCUCGCAACAGAAGCGAAAAUCCGCAGGCGGCUGCUGCUGGUUUGCAAGCACAUUCAGCAGCAACACUGCCAGUCUCUGUCUGGAGCGCACACAUUCUUUAGACAAGCAGAAGCAGCAGCAACAACAGCAGCGGCAGCACCAGUUCCUAGGUCUGCGGCUCGCCCUGCGACGUCGCCUGAACUCACGCGGUGUCUGGCAGCACCAGUUCCUAGGUCUGCGGCUCGCCCUGCGACGUCGCCUGAACUCACGCGGUGUCUGGGAAGCGUAAGCGAAGCAGCAGGUGCAGCAGUAGCAAUAGCGGCAGCAGCAGGCCCUGCCCGUGUUGCUGCUGCUGCUGGGGGAUCUUCGCCGCCAGUAAGGCCACUUGGACCUGCGGGAGAAAGUACAGGUACAGCGGCAACAGCAGCAGCAACAGGAAGGGGCAUGAGGGCUCCUCGUAUUCCAGCUGUGUGCCCUUAUGUACAGAGCAGCAGCAACAGAACAGCAGCAACAGCAGAUGCUAAGAAGUUCCUCUCGAGACAGCGGUUUUGUCAGUCUGCUGCCUUUGAACGAUAUAUAUCCAGCCGAAAGCACCCGCCGCAACAGCAGCAUCCCCAGCAGCAGCAGCAACAGCAGCAGCAGCAAGAAGAGCAGCAGAAACAUCCCAGGGAACAAGGACAGCCGCGUCGUUUUCUAUACUCCCGCAGAACAAUUGGCUCCUCAGCAUCAAGGGUAUAUCGAGCCGAAAGCACCCGCCGCAACAGCAGCAUCCCCAGCAGCAGCAGCAACAGCAGCAGCAGCAAGAAGAUCAGCAGAAACAGCCCAGGGAACAAGGACAGCCGCGUCGUUUUCUAUACUCCCGCAGAACAAUUGGCUCCUCAGCAUCAAGGGCUGUCUCACUUGCACCCGGAAAUAGGUUCUGGGGCGGCAACGCGCAGCAGGAGCAUUAGCAGCAGCAGCUCAUGCCGCAGCGGAAACACAUGCUACAGCAACAAUGCAUGCUGUAGCGUUGCUGCUGCAGCAGUGAUCAGCAGCAGCUGCUGCUACUGUCACCUGCCGCAAUCCCAAGAAGCAGCCGCAGUGGCAAUAGCCCUGCUCUGGAGCAGCAAUGAUCUGCCACCGCGGAUGCAGCAGCAGCUGCUACCGUUUUGGUGCAGGAGCAGCAGACGCAGCAACAAGCGGAACCGCUCGACGGAAACCGAGGGAAGUUUUGAGCGUGCAGAAGAACUUGUCUGGCGCAGCAGCCGCUGGAACCGCUCGACGGAAACCGAGGGAAGUUUUGAGCGUGCAGAAGAACUUGUCUGGCGCAGCAGCCGCUGCUUGCUCUUUAGGUAA